GCGCCGCGGCCUGCGCCGCCCGCCCUGCCGAGAGAGGGCGGAGCUUCCGCUGGGCCAAGGUGGGCGCGCUUUGCCGCCGUGGAGUGCUAGCUUGCUCGUGCUGGCUGUUAAGCAGUUGCCAGUCCCGUGGACGUGUAGUCUCGAGACAGUUUUCUCGUUCCGUUUACAAAAGCGCCUUCCCUUUGGCCGUACAAGCGGUGACUAUCAUGUCGAGUUCGCAGGCCAGGCCCCGCCAGGAAACCGGCGGUGGCGCCGGGGCCGCCGGCCGGGACGAGUUGGUGUCGCAGUCCUUGCAGAGCGCAGAGCACUGUCUGGGCGCCCAGGACUUCGGCACCGCCUAUGCCCAUUACCUCCUUGUGCUCAGCCUGGCGCCGGAGCUGAAAGACAACGUGAAGGAAACUUUUCAGUAUACACUCUUCAGAUGGGCUGAAGAGCUUGAUGCUCUCAAUCGAAUACAAGACUUACUUGGUUGCUAUGAGCAGGCCUUGGAACUGUUGCCUGAUGAUGAAGUGAUUUGCAAUAGUAUGGGGGAGCACCUCUUCAGAAUGGGCUUUAGAGAUGAAGCAGCUGGGUAUUUUCAUAAAGCAGUGAAACUAAAUCCUGAUUUCAAUGAUGCAAAGGAGAAUUUUUAUCGUGUUGCAAACUGGUUGGUGGAACGCUGGCACUUUAUCAUGCUCAAUGACACCAAGAGGAAUAUGAUUUAUAAUGCAGCAAUCCAAAAGGCGAUUUGUUUGGGGUCCAAAAGUGUUUUGGACAUUGGAACAGGAACUGGAAUACUAAGCAUGUUUGCUAAAAAAGCUGGAGCACAUUCUGUGUAUGCCUGUGAAUUAUCCAAGACCAUGUAUGAACUCGCCUGUGAUGUAGUGGCAGCAAAUCAGAUGGAAGGAGGGAUCAAACUCUUACAUAUGAAGUCACUUGACAUAGAAAUUCCAAAACACAUUCCUGAGAGAGUGUCCCUAGUUGUAACAGAAACUGUCGAUGCAGGUUUAUUUGGAGAAGGAAUUGUGGAGAGUUUGAUUCAUGCAUGGGAGCAUUUACUUUUGAAGCCAAAGACCAAAGGUGAAAAUGGUAGUUGUGAAAAGUAUGGGAAAGUUAUACCAGCAAGUGCUGUUAUAUUUGGCAUGGCAGUAGAAUGUGCAGAGAUAAGAAGACAUCACAGAGUGGGUAUCAAGGAUAUUGCUGGUAUCCAUUUGCCAACAAAUGUGAAAUUUCAGAGUCCAGCUUAUUCUUCUGUAGAUACCGAAGAAGCAAUUGAACCUUAUACAACUGAAAAGAUGAGUCGAGUUCCUGGAGGAUAUUUGGCUUUGACAGAGUGCUUUGAAAUUAUGACAGUAGAUUUCAACAAUCUUCAGGAAUUAAAAAGUCUUGCAACUAAAAAACCUGAUAAAUUUAGCAUCCCUGUUAUUACAGAGGGCACACUAGAUGCUAUUGUGGUUUGGUUUGUGCUCCAGCUUGAUGAUGAACACAGUUUAUCCACAAGUCCUAGUGAGGAAACAUGUUGGGAACAGGCUGUCUACCCUGUACAGGACCUUGCAGACUACUGGAUAAAGCCUGGAGACCAUGUUACGAUGGAAGUGUCUUGUCAAGACUAUUACUUAAGAAUCCAGAGUAUUAGUGUCUUGGGUUUGGAAUGUGAAAUGGAUGUUGGAAAAAGUUUUACCAAGAAUAAAGGCUUGCUCUCAUUAGGAAAUGAGGCUGAACUCUGUAGUGCCCUGGCUAACCUUCAGACCAGUAAACCAGUUGCUGUAGAGCAGACCUGUGUAUUGGAAUCUACGGAAAUUGCUUUGCUUAAUAACAUCACAUAUCAUGAAGGCUUUAAAAUGGCAAUGAGGAAAGUUUUGUCUUCGUUGACCCCAGAGAAACUGUGUCAGGCCAUGGAUACGCACUGUCAGAAUAAUGAGAUGGGCUCUGGUAUGGGACAGAAUAAUACUGCACAGAGCACCCCUGAACCUUUCUAUGUGUUAGAUGUGUCUGAAGGCUUCUCUAUUCUGCCUAUCAUUGCGGGCACACUUGGGCAGGUUAAACCAUAUAGUUCAGUAGAAAAAGACCAGCAUCGUAUUGCUCUGGACCUUAUAUCUGAAGCCAAUCACUUUCCUAAAGAAACACUUGAGUUUUGGCUGAGACACGUGGAGGAUGAAUCUGCUGUGUUGCAAAGGCCAAAAUCCGACAAGUUAUGGAGCAUAAUUAUAUUGGAUGUCAUCGAGCCAUCUGGGCUCAUUCAGCAGGAAAUAAUGGAAAAAGCUGCAAUAUCCAGGUGUUUACUACAGUCUGGAGGCAAGAUCUUUCCUCAGUAUGUGUUGAUGUUUGGGUUGCUUGUGGAAUCACAGACACUGGUAGAAGAGAGUGCUGUUCAAGGAACAGAACGUACUCUUGGAUUAAAUAUAGCACCUUUUAUUAACCAGUUUCAGGUACCUAUACGUGUCUUUUUGGACUUAUCCUCAUUGCCCUGUAUACCUUUAAGCAAGCCAGUGGAACUCUUAAGACUAGAUUUCAUGAUUCCGUAUUUGAACACCUCUAACAGAGAAGUAAAGGUACACAUUUGUAAAUCUGGACAAGUGACUGCUAUUCCAUUUUGGUAUCAUAUGUGCCUUGAUGAAGAGAUUAGGUUGGAUACUUCAAGUGAAGCCUCCCACUGGAAACAAGCUGCAGUUGUUUUAGAUAAUCCCAUCCAGGUUGAAAUGGGAGAGGAACUUGUACUGAGCGUCGAGCACAACAAAAGCAAUGUCAGUAUCACAGUAAAGCAAUGAAGAACAGUUUUUCAGUGAAAAUUGUUUAAUUAGAGCAUCAAAUACAAAAUUCUUGUCUUAAUUAGUGGGGGGUGUAUAAAAAUUUAAUUCCUUGUAAUGGUCAGAUAUUUCAAAAAAUUGACAUUAAUAAAGCAUAUUUAAACUAUCCUAAA